AUGAUUUUACACGUCACUCCAUGCUGCAAAUCCAUCGAUAUCACAGACAACCAGAGUACAUCAUCCAAUUCCUCUUCGCUGAAAUGGGUACUGCAGGUUCAGUGUUUGGUCAGUUCAGGGUGUUUGGUCAUCAGACAACCAGAGCACAUCAUCCAAUUCCUCUUUGCUGAAAUGGGUACCGCAGGUUCAGUGGAUGGUUGGUUCAGAGCAUUUGGUCAUCAAAGGUUGCUUCCAACCUUGCCGCAAAUGCAUCAUUACUCACUUCCACUAGUAAAUGAUACAUGA